GUCUUCGGCUGCGCCCUCGUCUUCGCCGAGGAGCCCCCGGCCGCCGGCGGCGACUGCGAAAUAAAGACUGUUUAACGGGAUGCGCUGCGGGAGCCCCGGAGUGGCCCCGGGCGCCCCGUCGCGAUGCCCCAGUCGCGGCUCGGCCUGGCGCAGCGAGCGCCGCGGCGGCGGGUGAGCGGAGCCCCUUCCCCCUGCUGCGGCCCCCCCGGGACCCCCCGAGCCCCCCAGCGCCUCCCGGGCUGCCGGACUCCUCCUCCUCCUCCUCUUCCUCCUCCUCCUCGACGGCUGGGCCACGCCAUGGAGGGGGACAACAGGACGGCGACGUGGCACCGGGGGCUGCACGUGCUGCUGCGGGCCCUCAACCAGACGCUGCCCGGCACCGCGGGCUGCGGCCUCGAGUGCCCGGCGUCACACGGCACCGCCGCCGCCGCCCGCCCCGGCCGCCCGGGCCGCAACGACAACGCCUACAUGUACAUCCUCUUCGUCAUGACGCUCUUCGCCGCCACGGUGGGCAGCCUCAUCCUGGGCUACACCCGCUCGCGCAAGGUGGACAAGCGCAGCGAUCCCUACCACGUCUACAUCAAGAACCGCGUGUCCAUGAUCUGAGGGUUUCGGCACGGCACGGCGUCCCCGGCCCCGAGACCGCGCGGGACACGGUGCCCCGGGGGGUCCGGAGCAGCAGGAUGCACCGAUGCUCCGCUCGGGGCACCGAGGAUGCCGUGGGCUCCGUGGUACCCGAGGGCCGCGCCGGGUCCGGCUUCCCUUGCCGGGAAUUAAAGGAGGUGAUGGUU